AUGGCACGCGUGCUCCUUUGUGGUGAAGUACGCGGUCGAGUCAGUGAGCUGCACCGCCUGCUUCACCAGCUGCAGAAAAAGGGCCCUUUUGACCUGGCAAUUUGCACAGGAUCUUUCUUUGCUGCUCCGGAGGAGCCAGGCGGAUCCCCUGAAUGCAGCAGCUUUUCACCUGAGGAGAACCCUCCUGAGGGGCAUCCGAGUCCGCAGGAUGCACCUCAAAAGGCCCUCGGGGAAGCUGUCUGUAAUGCUCUCUCUGAUCAAUUCGCAGUUGCCUUUGAGGAGCUAAAGGGGUGCUCCCGUUCUCUGCCCAUCCCUCUGUACAUCCUGGAUGAAGCUGCAAGCCGAUGUGUUCAGCGUUUGCAGACACAGCGCCCAAAGGAGGGCCACCCUCCGGCGGCAGCUCCCCCUAGCAGCACCACGGAGAGGCAUCACAAGGUAAAGACAGAGGAUGCCUCUGCAGAUGCUGCUACUAUAGAUGCUACACCUUCAGAAGGCCUCUCUGCAGAUGUUAAAGCUGAACCGAAUGGAGAUACGUCUCCGGGGGAAGAAAAAAGUGGAGCGGAUUCAGACAAUCCCCACCAGUCUUGCAGUGUUGUAUCAGGAACACGGGAUUGUACCUACACUCCACUGCAGUUGUUGGACAAUGUUUGGGUGCUAGCGGGGGCGGGGGUAGCGGAACUGCACGGCCUGAACAUUGCCUUUUACGGGGGGCAAGGGCCUCCAGAGCUUGCCUGCAGCAUGUCAAAUGCGCCCAGCCACCAGCAACAACAGCAAGAGGAUCCGCAGCAGAAGGAGCAGAAUGGGGCCGACGAUAGAGUUGCUACGUUUGCCUUGAGCCUCGAAAAUGGGUGGGGCGGCUUUUCGGCUUUCAGGGGCAGCACUGACAUCUUGCUAACGACAAGGCCCCCUUUAGGUAUGUUCGACGGGCUUCCCCCCGGAGUGGUGCCGGCCUUUGCAACCCAACAGCAGAAACGGCAACAGCAGCAGCAACAGGACGAGUCUCCUGGUGCGAACAGAGAAAAAGGAGGGCUGGUGGAUGGUAAAGUUGAGGCAUCCUCGACAGAAUUUGAAGGCCGUUAG